AUGAACGAGUCCACCGAAAGCCAAAGUAAUAAUAACGAUAAUGUCCAGACAAAAACAGAAAAAACAAGCGAACCCAAAGCUAAUCCAUAUCUCGCACACACAUACAAUAAUACAACGAACUCUGAUCCACAAAAAAAUAAACCCUACGGCAAUUAUAUGGGGUAUUAUCAACGACGCAACGAUGCAACAGUCAAAGAUGAUCCUCGACUUGAAGUAUUCGAUAAAAGUUUCUUUGAAAGAAAAGAAGUGCUGGAUAUUGGAUGCAAUUCUGGCGAAUUUACUAUUGAAAUUGCGACACGUUUCUUACCUGAGAAAAUUCUGGGAAUCGAUAUUGAUGACAAGUUAAUUGAAAGGGCCUAUUCUAAUGUACGCCAAAAAUAUAUGUUACUGUUGCCAAAUAAUGAUAAUAAUUCAUCCGGUCGAAACGAUAACAACGAUGAAAUCGCAGGAUCAAAUAAUAAUAUCGAAAGUGAAAGUAAAGACGAUAAUGGAAAAUUAUCUGGUCAAAGUAAUAAUAACACUGAAAUCACGGAAUCUGAUAAUGAUUUUAUCAACAAUUUCGAAAACGAUAAUAAAGGAAAGAAUAAUGAAUGCCAGAGUGGCAGUAGCACACAUCCUGAAAGCUUAUCGUCUUCAUCAGAAAAUGUGUCCGGAUCGAUUCCAGUGCCUUGCGAACGUUCUUUUCGCAAAAGAAACUUUCCGGCAGAAGAAGCAGAAUCUAGCAGCUUCAGCACUAAUUACGCAAAUAACAAUAGUGCGAAGAAAAAUCCUGCAAAAAAAAUCAAACCAGAACAAAGAGAUGAAACAAAAAAUGACGACUCAUUGGUCGCUAUUAUUUCUAAUCACCGAAGUUGUAGCACCAUUCAAUCAACUUCGACUAUAAUUGCUGGGCCAAGCAAAAUGGAAACUGAUAAAAAAUCGUUGGAUGUCGAUGAUGAAAGUGUACAUUUUCCACAUAAUAUUUUGUUUCGUUGUGCUGAUUGGAUGAAGGAAACAAUUAAAAAAGAAAAAUACGAUACGAUUCUUGCGCUUAGUAUAACAAAAUGGAUUCAUUUGCAUUACGGAGAUUCUGGAAUAAAGGAAUUUUUCUGCAAAAUAUACGAUAGUUUAAAACCUGGCGGAAUUUUUCUAAUUGAACCUCAACCAUGGUCUUCCUAUCGUAAAUACAGACACAUUUCAGAGACUCACAACAGGAAUUAUAAUAAUACAAACUUCUUCCCAAAGGAUUUUCACGGCUAUCUUCUGAAGGAAAUUGGGUAUACGUCAUGUCGUUUUCUCAAUGUAGUUGAACAGAGGGGAUUAGAAAAAGGUCUUCGUCGUGAUAUAAUUGUGUAUACAAAAUGA